AACAGUGGUCGUUUCCAGUGACAUAUUUUCGUUAUAAAACGUUGUAAUUUUCACGAACCUUCAAUAUUUUGCUCCUCUAAAAGGAAACAUAAUUUAGCAGCGAGAUUUUCUGCCAUUUUAGUCGGCUUAGCAAUUAACCAGACGACAUUUGUCAAUAAGUAUUAAAUAAAUUGCAAGAGUGAAUCUUGAACAAUAUAAUCAAACCACAGAUCGAUGUCAACAAGUCAACAUUACGCAUGUCAACACACUGAAAAUUGCACUUUACGUUCGUUCACAAGUGCCAUGUUGCGACAUCUCAGCAGGAAAAUCAAGAAAAUAAUUUCAUGUUUAAAAUGAUCCAGUUACGAUGUGCGUUGGAACCGUAUAUGACGGAAAGUUUUAUUAUGAAUGCUUUUCAUAAAAUGAAUGAGCAGCCUCAAACAGUGAAAGUAAUGCGAAACCGUUACACCGGCGAACCAGCUGGAUAUUGUUUUGUUCACUUCCCAACUGACGAAAUGGCUCUCGAUGCAAUGCACAAACUAAAUGGAAAAGUUAUCCCAGGUUCAAGUCCCCCUGUCCGAUUUCGUUUGAACCACGCAAGUACAACAGGAAAGCCGGCCGCAGACAGAGAGUUCAGCAUUUGGGUCGGAGACCUUUCCACUGAAGUGGACGAUUAUUCUCUCUACAGAACCUUCGCCGCCAAGUACAAUUCCAUUCGAACCGCCAAAGUAAUCCUCGACAGUUCCGGAUUCAGCAAGGGCUACGGUUUCGUCAGAUUCGCCAAUGAAGAAGAGCAGAAAAAUUGUUUAGUGAGCAUGAACGGAUACAGAGGUCUUGGUACCAAGUCCUUGAAAAUCUGCAAUGCUGUUCCAAGGCCUUGGAGUAAAUCAGGUAGGUCUUCUCCACCGCCCUCAUCUUCCGACUAUUCGUCAAAUCUCGGCUCGGAAGCUUACAAUUACUAUGACACAUCUUCUUACUGGAACAGCUAUAGUGCGUGGCAACAAGGAUAUUAUGAAAGUGAACCAACUUCUGAUGGUUACAGUAAUUAUAUAACCGAUCAAAAACCGGAGGAAGACGAGCUGGAACUUAUAGAACACUCGGCCCCAGCCGACGUCGACAAAAUUAACAGGGAAGUGAUUGAACAAGACUACAAUUUAUGGGACAAAUUGGAAAGUUCAAAGUGGAUACCUUGUGAUACUAUCGAAUUGUGUUACUGACUCUCUAGUGCAGUGAAUUGAACAGUUUACGAACUUGAACGUCCUCAAGCUGCAAUUUUUAGCAGACUAACAACUCUGUCCAAUAUUUUUGCAUCACAGAGAGUUGCUUAUUCUACAAAGACGAAUAAUUUCAAAUUGACUUCCACUCAAUUUCGAUGCGCACGGAUAUUAUGAAUCCCAGCAACGUAGAAUAAGUGAGCCGAAAAAUCAUUUAAACCAAUAAACGAAUUACAUAGAUCAAAAA